GUUUGCACCAAGCUGUAACGUUCAGGGUCAACCGACAUUUGAGAUACAGGUCGCUAACAGUUCAGAAACGAGUAGCUGUUCCUCAAAGCAGAAAUGAGUUCACUAAUUCGACAGAACUUCCACCAGGACUGCGAGGCUGCAGUGAACAGACAGAUCAACCUGGAGCUGUAUGCCUCCUACGUUUAUCUGUCCAUGGCCUACUAUUUCGACAGGGAUGAUAAAUGCCUGCCAAAUUUUGCCAAGUUCUUUAGCGCACAGUCUAAAGAGGAGCGUGAGCAUGCAGAGAAGCUGAUGAGUCUGCAGAACAAACGUGGAGGCAGGAUCUUUCUCCAGGACGUCAAGAAACCUGAUAGAGAUGAGUGGGGGAGCAGCCUGGAGGCUCUGGAGUGUGCGUUACAGCUGGAGAAAAGUGUAAACCAAUCCCUGCUGGAGCUGCAGAAACUGGCAGCUGACCACAACGAUCCUCACAUGUGUGACUUCAUCGACACACAUUUCCUGGACGAGCAGGUGAAAUCCAUCAAACAGCUGGCAGACUGGAUCUCAAACCUGCGCCGUCUGGGAGCGCCUCAGAACGGCAUGGCUGAGUACCUGUUCGACAAACACACCAUGGGCCAGGAGGGCAGUUAGAGCUGCAGCUGAUCGGCCACUUCUGCAACACCUAAUGCGUAUAAAUAAUGUUGUUUUAUCUCCUAAGAUUUCUGAGCAUUUUUUUUUUAUUCUAAGCUUUUAGAGAGCUAUUAUGUUUUUAUAUUUAUUUUACUGGUGCUGUCAGUGUUUAGGUGUGUUGCUCUUUCAGGAUCAGUUUUAUUGAGACUGGGCUGUGCCACGGUAACACAGUUUUAUAAUUUGGCUUUAUUUUACAAGGGAAACAUCAUCCGUUAUCUUUUACCCGCUUCUUCCUAUUUGGGUCAUGGGGGUCACUGGUG